AUGUUAACUGAUAUUAAUUCAUUAUGUGUUCAAUAUAAUUGUGCAGAUAACGAAACUGCAGCAAAAAUUUUAAUUUCUAAUAUUCAAACUGGAAAAGAACAUUUAGAAUAUCUAAUGAUAAGUAGUAAUAGUGAUUAUCAUUAUUUCACAAGUACAUCAGUUAAAAUCGCUGAACCACUUGAAAAUUCAUUUUUCAGAGGUCUGAAUACACUAGAAUUAUCUAAAACACCACAAAAUUUCAAUAUUCCAGAAGGAACUUACAUUGUGUUCCUCAAACAUGACUCUAUUAAAGGCACAGCAACCAGUGGAAAUACUACAUUAAAUAUUUUGGACACUAAACACUAUAAUGCAAUCUUAUUCAAUACAUCAGGAACUCUUUCUUUAUACAGCUAUUUAAGUGAAGCAACUUGCAGUUUUGUAGUUUAUAGUUUUAAUAUGUCUGUUUGCAAAUACAUAAUUACACUUGGUGGGGAUACAGAGUAUUCAUUGAACAAUUCUAAAACAGACGAAACUUGCAUUGUAUCAGGUUUCAUCAAAGGAAGUGUAUCAAUUACUAACGCAGAUUCAGCAAUUGCCAAAACAAAUAAUGCUGAUGGUUCUUUAAAUAAUAACGUUGCUGGUGAAUUCACUAAUCCUGUUUAUUCUAUUCUGUAUAGAGAAGAUAAUCCGAAAAAACUUAAACAUGUAAUCAACUCAAAAGAUAUCGAUAAAAUAGAGAUUUUCUCAAAUAAAUCAAAAGACAAAGCAGUUUAUAUUCAUGUUAAUUCGUCUGGCAUUUUGAACACAGCAGACUGGAUACGUCCGAAAUACUAUUAUUUGUAUACGAUUCCUGCUAUUCUAUUGGGAGCAUUUUUCACCCUGAUAGGUUAUUAUAGAAAAGCAAGACUUUGUUUAGCAUACUAUACAUGUUGGGCCUGCACAUUACCUAAAUUAACUAUUUUUGGAUAUGCUCGAACAGUAGAAAAUUAUCCAGAUGGAACUGUUACAACACAAGUACUAAAAUGCUGUUGCUUUUAUAAAUAUAAGCAAACAAAAAGUCCAAACAAAUGCGAAGUAGAUUUAUGCCAAUGUUGUUUAUGCUUCCUUCUUUGUGAUAGUUGCACUUGCUGUCGUUUCGGAUGCUGUCCAUAUGAAGUUGAAGUUGCCGAUAAUGAUGCCCCUCAAACUAAUCAAGAAGAUCAAAUUGAACAAAAUGAGUAUUAUUCUUCAUCAUACUCGAGUGAUUAUUACACGGAAAGUUCACUUAAAAACGUUGAAAAUAAUAAAGCUGAAUCAUCUCCUUAUAAUGAUAUUGAAUCAGCACAAAAUAAUAACGUUGAACCAAUUGUCAACAAUAAUGAAGUUCAAGAUAACAAUAUUGAUGCUGGAAAUGGUGAUGAUGCUAAUAAUAAUGUUGGAAAUGGUGAUGAUCCUUAUAAAGUUUGA